CCGCGGGGAGCGCCUGCAACCGGAGCAGAGUGCAGCGAGCGCGGCGAGCGCGGCUCGGGCCGCGGUCCAUGGCCCCGACGGGAGGCGAGCCGCCCGCACCCGCAGCUCGGCGGCGUCCGGCCUGAGCCGACCGCGCCGCGCAGCCACCCUGUCCUGGGCUUGGGGCUUGGCUUGCAGAUCAUCUUCAUGGAAGCGAUGUCUCCACAGCAGGAUGCUCUAGGGGGGCAGCCGGGGCGCUCCUCCUCGCUGACAGGGAUGUCUCGCAUCGCGGGAGGCCCCGGCACCAAGAAGAAAAUGAAAACACUGGCAGAAAGGAGGAGGAGUGCCCCCUCCCUUAUCCUGGACAAAGCCUUACAGAAGAGGCCGAGCAGCAGAGACGGUCAUUCUGCUAGCAUUGACACGUGUGCAUUUCUGUCAUCAUUCAUGUGCUCCAGUAGGACUCUGCUGAUUGAUGGGCCAGUGGAACUUAAAAGAGGCCUGCAGAGGCAGGAGAGGCAUCUUUUCCUAUUCAAUGAUCUGUUUAUUGCAGCCAAAAUCAAACAUAACAACAACCUUAAGAUAAAAAAUAAAAUAAAGCUAACUGACAUGUGGACAGCAAGCUGUGUGGACGAGGUGGGGGAAGGCAACAUGAACGCUCUGAAGUCCUUUGUCCUGGGCUGGCCCACAGUGAACUUUGUGGCCACUUUCAGCUCUCCAGAACAAAAGGACAAAUGGCUGUCUCUCCUUCAGAGAUACAUCACUCUAGAAAAAGAAAAGGACUACCCGAAGAGCAUUCCUCUCAAAAUCUUCGCCAAGGACAUUGGGAAUUGUGCCUAUUUUAAAACUAUAACAGUAAUGAAUUCAGACACAGCGAAUGAAGUUAUCAACAUGUCACUACAAAUGUUAGGGAUAACUGGCUCUGAGAGAGAUUACCAGCUGUGGGUGAAUUCUGGAAAAGAAGCAGCGCCAUACCCACUUAUUGGGCAUGAGUAUCCUUAUGGAAUUAAAAUGAGCCAUCUCCGAGACACUGCCCUUCUGACCCAGGGAUCAAAAGACUCUGCCACCCCAUCCCAGCUCCAAGAGCCUUUCCUCAUGGAACAGCUGCCCCGAGAGAUGCAGUGCCAGUUCAUCUUGAAACCCAGCCGCCUGGCGACAGCCCAGCAACUGAGCAAUUCUGGCCAGAAGACAUUUAGAAGGAGGCGCUCUAUCAUCAACUGGGCUUUUUGGCGGGGUUCCAGCACUCACCUGGACAACCUGCCCAUGUCACCAACAUCCCCUAUGCCAGGACAGCUCUUUGGAGUUUCUUUACCAGAUAUUUGUGAGAAUGACAAUCUGCCAAAACCUAUCUUGGAUAUGCUUUCCUUUCUUAACCAAAAAGGCCCUCUCACAAAAGGCAUCUUCAGGCAGUCAGCCAAUAUGAAAUCCUGCAGAGAGCUAAAAGAGAAACUGAAUUCUGGAAUUGAGGUCCACCUUGACUGUGAAUCCAUCUUCGUGAUAGCAUCUGUGUUAAAGGAUUUUCUGAGAAAUAUCCCAGAAAGUAUUUUUUCAUCAGAUCUGUAUGAUCACUGGGUCUGUGUAAUGGACCAAGGAAAUGAUGAAGAAAAAAUUAAUAUAAUUCAAAGGCUAUUAGAUCAGCUUCCCAGAGCCAAUGUUGUUUUCCUAAGGUAUCUGUUUGGGGUAUUACACAACAUUGAACAACAUUCCUUAUCUAAUCAGAUGACUGCAUUUAACUUAGCAGUGUGUAUCGCUCCAAGCAUUCUUUGGCCUCCUACUUCCUCCAGUCCAGAACUAGAAAAUGAAUUUACAAAAAAGGUUUCACUUCUUAUACAAUUUCUGAUUGAAAAUUGCUGUAGGAUAUUUGGAGAAGAAAUCACUUCUCUCUUGGGGGAGCUUUCUGAGAGAAGUGACUGUAGAGAACAUACCUCAGAUAUGUCUUGCUUCCAAAUGAAUGACUCCUCCUACGACAGCUUGGAAAAUGAGCUCAAUGAGGAAGCUGAUGCUCCGUGCAGUGACCUGGUGAAAAAACUUGGUCAGGGUAGCAGAAGCAUGGACUCUGUCUUAACCCUCAGUGACUAUGACCUUGAACAGCCUGAAGUAGAAGGCCUUUUAACCCUGAGUGAUUUUGACUUAGAACAGUCUAAAGAUGAACACAUUCAAAUGAAACAAACUUUGGAGUCCAAGCCAUUGAAUGUUUUCGUAGCCUACAGGAAGGUUUCACUAGGGGAACACACUAGGGCCCCAGUUGGCCCAGGUACACCCAGCUGCCUGCCUGCAGCUGCAGCAGAUGCCCCAAAAGUCUUGCGGCGGCACCGGCGCUGCUCAGAGCCCAGCAUCGACUAUCUCGACACAAAGCUUUCCUAUCUCCGGGAGUUUUACCAGAAAAAGCUACGCAAGUCCAGCUGCGAUGCCGUGCUUUCUAGAAAGGAUGAAGAUUAUCUAAAGCAGACCCAGACCCUGAAGAAAGGGGGAAAGACAUGUUUUAAACAGAGUUCAGUCACAGGCACUGACAUCAGCAAGAAAAAUGCUACUAAUGAAAAGAUUAAGAAGAAAAGCUUGUCUGGUCAGGAAGGAAAUCAAGUGACAUCUUUCACUAAGUCCAAGCCGGUGGCCAUUUCUGUGGCAUCUUACAGUCACCUGUCCUCCCAGGACCAUCCCAGGAAGCAACCCUUUGAUGCAGAUACAUGCAGAUUCUCCCCACCACACAUAGCCGAUGCCAGGAAGAGCUCACGGGUACAUCGGCGCUGUUCAGAACCCAGCAUAGAGGACCAAAACUACAAACUGUCCUAUCUCAGGGGGAUCUAUUCAAAGAAACAACAUAAAACCAGCUGUGAGACAGGCCUUUUGCAUGGAGAAGAGGAUUAUCUCAAAAGGCAUAAAUCUUUGCAAAUUGAGGGGCAAAAGCUCAUUAAUCAGAGUUUGGUCAUGGGGAUUGAGGUGGGCAAGAGCAGUGGUACACACCAAAGCACCGAGAAGGUUUUGCCCCCAAGACUGAACCUUUGCCCUAGGGCUAGCUAUUCUAGUUUAUCCUCCCCAGGCACAUCCCCAUCCGGCUCAUCAGUAAGCUCCCAGGACAGCGCUUUCUCUCAGAUCUCUGAACACUCUGUGUUUACACCCACCGAAACUUCCUCUCCAAUAGAUUGCACUUUUCAGGCUCAGAGAAAACAGGAAGAGCUGUCUCCUGACUUUCACGGUCCUGGCCUCGUAUCUGGAAUGCCUGGUCCCUCCAUGGGGCAGUCCAGCAGCCACCUGGCUUAUUUAAGAAAAGGUACCCUAGAGCAGCCAUCACAAAUGCAUUCUGUAACUCUUCACCCCAGCGCAUGGUUGAGAAGUGGUUUGGUCACUUUGAAAAAUUGGUCCCUCAAAAAGAAAACAAAGGCAGCCAGACCAGAAGAGUGGAAAUUCUGUUCCCUGAAAGAACCUCUGGAGUCACCUCCACAUGCUUCUGGUACUCCAGAGGCUGACUCUCUGCAAGAGAGUCAGGAUGGCAUACACCUAAGGGCAGAUGAAGGACCUGGAGCUGCACAGAAAGCCCAUGGGUGCAGUUCUUAUGCCUGUCAGGACUCAGGGCAACACUCCUGCUCUCCAUCCCACCUGCUGGAAAGCAGACUCCAGCUUUGUAUGACAUUGCAGGAGGGAGAAGAGAGUGGAGGGCAGCACCCUCCUGACAGCUCCUGGAAAGAAGCCUCAGCAAAUCUUGGGACUGUGGAGGAUGUGGCCAGCCCAGAUGCAGAGCCUACAACAGAUUGCAAUGAUGGGGAAAGACAUUUAGCCAAAGACAGUUACCUGCAGUAAGAAUCUGAUAUCAAAAUAAACAAUCUGAUAUCUUUAAGAACAGGAACUGGGCUAAUCCAAACAAAGACAGUAAUUAAUAUGACCCCCUUUCUAAGACACCCGGGGCAGGUAGCAUGAGGACAAUCAUUGCUAAGAUGACAGUUUCUUUGUUAGUUAAAAAGUCUCAUCAUAUAAAGUUCUGAAAGGCUUUUCCUGUUACAGUGUGGGUUAGUCCUUUGCUGAGCUGUUAGGAUACAGACGGGACAGAAGACAUGUCCUUCAUUUAAGCCUGCUUGUGUCAGCAGUCUGUGAGUUCACUGUCUUGAAAGACCAGAGUACCUUAAAUGAAGGCCAGUGACACACCAAGAGAAUAGUAGAGAGAAGCCAUCUUUAUGCCAUGGAACAAGGAGGCAAGGAAGGGGCCAAUGAGUCAUUCAGAAAAGCAUGUGCAUUCACUAAGGAAAUCAUGGAAAACAUGUCCCUGAAUCUAAGUCCAUGGCUUUUCCCAGUCAUGUGUCUUUGCAGGGUUGUUUUAGGGACCAGUUCAUUGAUUAAAGGCAGAAAACUAGUGAUUAAAGAGCUAUGGGCACCAUGACAGCACAGCUUCGUAAGUGGGUGGCUUGGGUAGUUGUUUGUUUUUCUGUUAAGGUUGGAUUGAUCUUUCAGAUCACAUCUUUCAGAAAUGUAGCUAGAAAGACAAAGACCGAAAGAUUCUCACUUUGGUGUCCUUCUCACAGUGCCUGUGCUAAAACGUGUUCAGAAAAGUAUCUUAUCCCUACUUACAAAGGGACCCACCGACAACAUUUGCUUUAAUAGUGUAGAAAACAAAUAGCCAUAUAAGAAUUAGAGAAACGAUUUUGCAAUUUUUCCCUGGCUGACUAAUCUCAGAGGCAAGGCUGCAGAGAAACUAGAGAUGCCAUGUUCUGUGCCAUGUUGGUAGCAACAUUUAUGUAAUUGAGAAAGGCUUCUCACUGUGCUGAUGUCAGUAAUGUAGAGAUGUAUCCAAUCAGAAAGUUGGAUCCUUCAAUACUUAAGAUGUCACAGAAAAGGCCGCUGACUUAGACUUCAACGACCAUGUGACACUUUUCUAUAUCAAUCACAUAUCAUUUUGAUCAAUGGCAGUUUCCUGCAACAACACUGUCUGUUUCCACGAGUAUCAUUUAUCAAUCUGGCAUCUCUGUGGAGAAGUUCCUCUGUAUCACUGCUUGGUAGAUUACAGCCAACCAAGAGGGGCAAAAGAACAGUUGUCAAUUAUCCUUUCAUUCCACAGAUUGCUGUUGAUUAGAGAUUGCCUGGAUGUAAGGUUAUUGAGCAGAACACACAAUGAAGUUGCCGUUGGGCUGUCUUUGAUGGUCACUGUCUUUAGAUUUUCAUGCCAAAGUUCUCCAACUUUUCCAAAUGGUUUGUGAUUUAUAAAUACUCAAAAUUUAGACCCCAGAAGUUUAUCAUGGACUUCUCUCCUCUCUUUACCUUCAAGGCUACAUCAGGAUGUCUCCUUUCCUAGGAGUAAGAUCUUGUCAGUUAGGAUGAAAUGGAGGGUAUGUCCUAUAAUAGAUGUGCAUCCUCCUUCAUUUGAGAUACUCACCACCUAUUAGAAGUUGUCUAGAGUCUAUGUGAUCUCAUAAAUCCACUGUAGAAAGGACUUUUCACACAAAAACUAGCUUAUCCCAAAAUUAUUUCCCUACCGGUCAGCAGGAAACUCAUGGCCGAUGUUGUUCCCUUCCCCCAAACAUUGCAUUGUCGGUUGUAGGACAAGAACUCAUCUAAGUAUUAACUAUAGAAGUGCCACCUACCUCUCAGGGGAAUGGCCCUAUUUGCCCUAACCAUAAUUAUCUUUUAGAACUCUGUGUCCAAAGAGCUCCUUCAUGACACUGGCAAUCUCAAUCAGCUGUGAACUAGAUCCCACCUUGUAACCAACCACUUCCAUAUGAAGACUCCUAAGUAUCCAUAUGUACCUUUUGUGGUGUUAAUAUAUAAAGUUAGCAGGAUGACCCUUCCCUUUAGGGCACACUACUGUCAGAACUGCAAGAUGUGAAUGAAGAUCUUAUGGCUUAGAAUGUCUCUCUGGAAGAAUGCCUCCUGAACAAACUUAAGAGUUCUGGCUUUUUUUCCCCCUUUCAUAAUGGCCAGUAGAAAAUUAUCCACUCAGUUUGAAGCAUAGAAGAAAAUAGUUGGUAAGGUUCUCCAUCAACCAUUCCGGCUCUGUUUCCUUAGAUGCUCCCAUGAUACUCAAUGUGAAUAGUCUGUUAAUAUUGCUGUAAAAUAUUAUAUGAUUUGAAGACAGACAUGUCAUUUUAUUAGACUCCAUCAAUCUAUAAUAUAUUAGACUGAUUCUUUAUCUCAAAUGCUAUGAGUUUGUAUAAUAUAUCUUGACAAAUUUUAUUACCGUGUUAUGUAACAAAUGUGUAUUUUUGUACCUUGCAGAAACUGCUGCUAACUUUUAAAUUGUUUGGUUUUCAAGGCACUGAUAAUGGGCAUGUACAAAGUCCAUGCUAUCUGUUAAAUAAAAUGUCACCCUGCAGUUAACAGUCCCAUAGAGAAAUCCUGACUGCGGAGAGUUCUUUUGCUCAGCAAGCCUGAGCUCCCUUUGAGUUAAACAUUUCAUACAUGAUGAGUUGUGGCCUUAAGUUUUUACUCAUAGUUUUUCUAGGGGGAGAAAGAGGAGUGAAAUUGUUUUUCCUUUUUAUAUUUUUAAAUCUUGUUUACCAAGUAAGUUAUGUUUUAUACAUAACAGUCCCUCAUUUUGUCAGAAAUUAUGUUUUCUUGUUGUAUUUCUGGAGUGGUGUGGACUAGUUUGUCCAUGUGCCAAAAGAAAUACCAGCUCAGUUUGAUUGUGUGUAUGAGAUUUUCUUUUCUUUUUAGACUGUUCUGAUGAGAGACCCAGUUGACUUUAUACACACACCAGGGUAUCUGUGCUUUGAGGUAAUUUAUGCAGUAUGAUGUUUCUUGUGACUACUAUAUCCCUGACUUCUUGAGGUUUAUCAAGUGGUCUCUGUAUAAAUUUAACCACUGUUUAAAAGGGAUUCAGAACCUAUAAAAACAGAUUUGCACAAGGUAGGUAGGAAUGAAAAAACCACUUUCACAUAUGUUAAUUGUAUUUCUGAAAUGUGCGUGCAUGUGUAUGUGUGUGUGUGUGUGUACUCGCACACACACACACACACACACACACACACACUAAAUUCUAUUAAAUUUUAGAGAAACAAAUUUGCUUUUAAUGAGGACUCAAUCUAAUAUUAGUAACUAUUUUCCUUAUAGUCUACUUUGCAUGUCAUAACACUGAAUCAGAAGGUUCUAGUUUGUCAGUCCAAUAAGCUCUUUCUGUUUUAAAAAAAAAUACUCCAGUAAUUUUUAUACUGUGAAUAAAUUUGGGUAACACA